AUGUUAUUUGACCUCCGUACUGUGUCGGUCCAGCUUCUUGCUGCUGCUGCCUACGUCUCCGCCUCGCCGUUAAGCUUUGGCAAACGUGCAGUCAUCAGCCACGAUGCCGUUGUUGGCUUUGCCCAGACCGUACCCUCUGGGAUCAACGGAACCCUUUACCUGAAGUACAAACCACUCCUCAAAGUCUUCAACGGCUGCGUGCCAUUCCCUGCCGUGGACAAGAACGGCAACACCGGUGGCGGCCUCAAUACUUCUGGCGAUUCAAACGGCGACUGCGCCUCUUCCCCUGGCCAAGUCUACGUGCGCGGCGGCUUCUACGGCGGUUCCUACGCAAUCAUGUACAGCUGGUACAUGCCGAAGGACUCGCCCGGACCGGGCCUUGGGCAUCGACACGACUGGGAAAACGUCGUCGUGUGGCUCUCGACAAACUCCGCGUCGGCAACUCUCGAGGGGGUCUCCAUCUCCGCGCACGGCGACUACCAGAAGGAUACGUCGCCGGACUUGUCCGGCACCUCCCCUCUCAUUGGGUAUAUCAGCUACUUUCCAGUCGAUCAUCAACUGAUUGCAACGACCACCGUGGGCGGUACACAGCCGCUUAUCGCGUGGGAGAGUAUGACACAAGCGGCGAGAACGGCGAUUGAGAGUACAGACUUUGGGGAUGCUACGCCGAGUUUUAGGGAUAGCAAUUUUCAGACUUAUCUAGCUAAAGCCGUUUUGUAG